AUGUGUCCCCUGUCCCAGUGCCACCCCCCCAGUGCCCAUCUCGGUGCCCAUCCCCCUCUGCCAUCGUGUGGGGUGCCCCCUGAUGCGGGCGCUGUGGGGCAGGCGGACAGCGGGCCGGAGAGCGGGCGCGUGCGGGCGCUGCAGCAGGAGGUGGAGGGCGUCAAGACCAUCAUGACCCAGAACGUGGAGCGGAUCCUGGCGCGGGGGGAGAACCUGGAGCAGCUCCACAGCAAGAGCCAGGACCUGGAGGCCACCUCGGAGCACUUCAAGACGACGUCGCAGAAGAUGGCCCGCCGGUACUGGUGGAAGAACGUGAAGCUGCUCGUCAUCCUUGGCCUGGUGGGCGCCAUCGUCCUCAUCCUCAUCAUCCUCCUGGCCACCGGCACCAUCCCCACCUAGAGCGCCCCCCCCCGGGGACCCCCCGGCCACCCCUGUGUCCCCGGGGAAUACAGGGAUGACGAGCUGCG